UUGUCACGCCUUUGACCACCACCUGGGCAUGGUGUGGCAUCUUCACUCAUCCUCGCGCGUGUCGUUUCCAGCAUUGUCAUGCUGGCUGGUAUCUUUGUCCAUAUGGCAUAGUGGUAUCGCAUACUACAAAGACAAUCUCGAUCUCUGCGCAGGCCGUCUUUCUUCCUCUCUCCGCCACACGUACUCGGCGCCGGUUGCCUCAGAUCACUUCUAUCGCAUGAUUACUGUUGUUUCGUUUUUUUUGGUGUUUUCGUAAUUUCGUCUAAUCAUGUACACGUCCGCAUUCUCCAGUCCCACCAUUGACCCUCCGAUACUAUCAACACAUCUGCUGUAGAAAGACUCGCUCUC